CUCGUUCCCGCCGGGGUCGGGGCGGGCCGUCGAACUGUUGGAAGAGCUGGAUGUUCCUCCGCCCGGGUGUAUUUAUUAAAACAAUACAGUAUUGGAGAACUGUAAUGCAAAUUUGCUAACUAGAAUAACCACAAGAAAAGUCGCCACAACAAUAUUUCCAUCAAUAACAUAACCUUUGUAUGAUUUUAGCCUUCAACGCAGAAGUUCGGUAUGAGUCAGUGGGAGAAGCUAAAACAACUGGAUACAAAGUCCUUGGAGCAGUUGCAUAAUCUGUAUCAGGAUGAAAACUUUCCCAUGGAUGUACGAGAAUAUCUUGCUCAUUGGAUUGAAACUCAGGAUUGGGAAAAGGCAAUAACAAAUUACUCAUUGGCCACCAUCCACUACCAAAAUCUGUUGGAUCUAAUCAACAAUCAAUACAGCCGCUUUAUGCAGGAGAAGUUGUUUAUAUGCCAGCACAAAUUCAAGAGAUACAGGCAAAAUAUGCAGGCUACUUAUGGAGACGACCCUGUGCUCUUGGCAACGAAUGUCGCUUCUUACCUGAAGCAGGAGAAGAUGAUCCUAAGCAAUGUUGUAGAGGAUCACCAGGCUGUCAUGGGCCAACCUCAACCUGUGGACUUUGAAAGGCACCAGAACGUUGUACAGAAACUUAAUGCACUGAAAAAUGGCGUACAGGCUGGUGAACAGGAGUUGAAGUUCCUCGAAGAACAGCAAGAUGAAUUUGAUUUCAAAUUCAAGACUUACAAGUUUCAAGAAUCAAACAAUUCCGAGAAGCAGAAGGAAGAAGAAUUGCAGGUGCUACAGAAGAUGCUAAAUAUUCUGGACUGCAAUAGAAAAAAAGUCCUUCAGAAGUUUGAAGAAUUCAUAAACGAAGCUGAGGUGCUCCUGAACACGCUGGUGAAAGAGGAGCUGGCAGACUGGAAGAGGCGGCAACAGAGUGCCUGUAUCGGUGCCCCUGUGAAAGUUUGCUUGGACCAGCUGGAGAACUGGUUUACUGCAUGUGCAGUGUGUUUGUUUCAAGUGAAAAGGCUGCUGAAAAAGCUGGAGGAACUGGGAGAUAAAGUGACUUACGAUAAGGACCCUUUUAAAAUACAAAGACCUACUUUGGAGAAGCUUGUUAAAACUCUGCUGACCAACCUCAUUAAAAGUGCAUUUGUUGUGGAGAAUCAGCCUUGUAUGGCUCCUCAGAGUAAGAUGCCCUUGGUUUUGAAAACAAGCUCGCAGUUCUCCGUGAAGCCCCGUCUGUUGGUGAAACUGCCGGAGGUGGCAAAUCAUUUAAUGAAAGUGAAAGCUUGCAUCGAUAAGAGUUCACCAAACGGAAAAGGGUAUCGCAAAUUCAAUAUUCUCGGCACAAACGAGAAGGCAAUGAACAUGACAGAAUCCAAGUUUGGGGGCUUGUGCGUUGAUUUCCGACAUUUGCAACUUAAGGAGCAGAAGUCUCUUAUUGGAGGCAAAGGAAGCAAUGAGACGUCCCUUGUUGUAACAGAAGAGCUCCAUCUAAUUAGCUUUGAGACGGAGCUGGUUUACCAAGAUCUCAUCCUCAAACUUGAGACAAGUACUUUACCUGUUGUUGUCAUCUCAAAUGCCAGCCAGCUCCUCAGCGGCUGGGCUUCAGUGGUUUGGUACAACAUGCUCUGCAGUGAUCUUCAGAAUAUGACAUUCUUUUCUAACCCUCCCACGGCACUAUGGAGUCAGCUCUCGGAGACACUGAGCUGGCAGUUUUCUUCAAACACCAAGAGACAUUUGGACACUGAGCAGCUUGACAUGUUGGCAGAAAAAUUAUUUGGGCUUCAAGAAAACUAUGCAGACUGUUACAUUACUUGGGCAAAGUUUUCAAAGGAGAAUUUACCAAGACAGAACUUCUCCUUCUGGCUCUGGUUGCAAGGGAUCCUGGACCUUAUUAAGAAAUACUUUGAGAAUAUCUGGAAUGACGGGCACAUCAUUGGGUUUGUGAGCAAGAAGAGAGAACGCAAAUUGUUAAAAGACAAGCAGUCUGGCACGUUCCUGCUUCGCUUCAGUGAGAGCAGUAAAGAUGGUGGUAUUACAUUCACAUGGGUAGAGCACUUACCCAACGGGGAUUGCAAAAUUCGAUCUGUGGAACCGUACACCAAGGGUCACCUGACCAACAUCCCUCUCUCAGAGAUUGUUCGAUUCUACAAAGUAAUGGCAGAGGAGAAUGUCCCUGAACACCCCCUGCUUUAUCUGUACCCAAACAUUCCCAAGGAUGAGGCAUUUGGGAAAUAUUACUUGGAUUCAGAUGCAGACGUGCAGUUGAAGCACAAUAAAUACUUGAGAACCCGAUUAAUUGUGGUAUCGGAAAGGCCACCUACGGAAAUCCCCCCUGCAAUGAUAGAUGAAGGCCUCGUGGAGGAUCUGCCAUUGCUAAGUGCUACUUGCUUUGAUUUCCUGGGUUUCUCUCAACUCUCUACUACAUGAUUGUGAAACUCAACUGGAGUGCUGAUGUCUUUUUAGCAAGCAUGAACCUUCAGCCACUUACUCAUUUUGUUUUCUUCCCUCCGUCCCGCAGGCGAUUUGAUGGAAUGGUUAUGAGAGAAACGUCUUACAGAAUGAGUGAUGACUUUGUGUAUUCAAGAGAGCUCUUUCUGAUGCAGAAUAAGUCUUCAAUGUUAUGGUUUCUGGUGUUAGGACAUGGAACCUCCUCCAAUUUCAAUACUCUGUAUGCUGUACAGAAUUUGUUUCCAAAAUGUGCUUAAUUCUUAGAAUGAUGCGCACUUACUGAAAACAGACCUUUUAAAGUUCUUAACGUAUUUUGUAUGUGAGUAAAGCAAACCAAGACUGAUGAUGCACUUAGGGAGGGUUUGGGUUUCCAGCAGAGAACUAUCUAAUUCUCGUGAUUAAGACGUUGGAAUCACGUUGGAAGAAGAUUUUAUCUGGACUAGUAUAACAUUGAAGAAACUUUGGCAGUAAAGGAAGAAUGUGGCUGUUCCUCUUAGCCCUUAUCCUCAAUCUAAAUCAACACUAAAUUGAUGUCUUUCCCUGCCUGGAUGCCAUUGCCCUGCUGCACUAAAUCACUUGCACACGCAAGAAUUUUACUGUUAGGGCAUAAUUCUGAAUUUUAAACAAUGUUGUCAUUGUACAGAUUAAGUGUGCCAUUCCCAUAUUUUCUCAUUUUUGCACUGCACUUUAGAACUGUGGUGGGGGGGGGG